UAAUGAAAAUGUACAGGAUUAUCAAGACUUUAAUGCUUGGAAUUAUUUCAAUGUUAAACAUUAUUCCUGCUUGCAGCAUCUUCCUGCUGCUUACAUUUAACAAUAUUAAUAAUACAACAACUAAAUUAAAAAGCAGCACCCUGCUGUUAAAUAACAGCAUUGCUGGGCAUUAAAAGACAACUUUUGGCUUGUUUUAGCCUAAAAACUCGUCCAGCUGUUGCCCAUCUGCGGCUCUGAGCCCGAGCCCGUAGAGGACUAAAGUGCUAUUAGCAUGUUUUAUUUGGAAAACAGUUUACCAGGAUGGAUGGAUCAGUGCCUCAAGGCCACCGUACGUCGGCAGCAGCGCUGCAGUGCGCGCAGUGGGCGUGCACACGCCCCGGAGUGAUGCUGCGCGCCCCCGCCUGUGUAUGUGUGUGUGUGUGUGUGUGUGUGUGUGUGUGGCGGUGAACUGGUGGGAGAGGAGAGGACCAGUGACUGGAGCAGAGCAGGCAAGUACAAGAGGCUGCGCGCUGAACGGGACUCCGCGUAAACAAACACAGCGAACGGCAUCGCUGUCGCACGGGGACUGAAGGCACCGAACAGGCUUCGUGUUUCGCACCGCCGACGGACAAGAUAAGGUUGAAGAAAACCACAGAAGAAGAAGAAGAAGAAGAAAAAGCAGACGAGCAAGCAGCGAGGAGGAGGAGGAGAGAGGGGAUUCUUGUUUCUCUGACGGUGUGACCGAGCAGAGAGGUGGGCCGUCGCUGUAUUUCGGGUGCCAGACCUUUGCUUCACAUGCUGAUGAUGGAGAGGAGGAGGAUGGAUGCAGCGCUCUUGGUGCUGUUUCUGGGAAACCUCGCCGCCGCGUUGGAGGUCCCACUAUACCUUCUGGACAGAUUGCCGCAGCCGCCGACCAUAACUCACCAGUCCCCCAAGGAUUACAUCAUCGACCCACGAGAGAAUAUUAUAAUCCACUGUGAGGCGAAAGGGAACCCUCCCCCCAGCUUCUCCUGGACGAGAAACGGGACCCACUUUGACAUCGACGAGGACCCCAACGUGACCAUUAAGGCUCACUCCGGGACCCUGGUGGUGGACAUCAGCAGGGUCAAAGCCGAACAUUACGAGUGCGUGUACCAGUGCACAGCAAGGAACAAACAUGGAACUGCUGUUUCUAACAACAUAGUCGUGCGACAGUCCAGGUCCCCCUUGUGGUCAAAGGAGAAAAUAAAUCCGAUAUUUGUUUCGGAGGGCAUGUCCUUGGUGUUGAAGUGUCAACCUCCUGCUGGGCUUCCUCCUCCCAUCAUUUUCUGGAUGGACAGUUACUUCCAGAGACUUCCUCAGAGCAGCAGGGUAUCCCAGUCCCUGAACGGUGACCUUUACUUCUCUAAUGUCCUCCGAGAGGAUUCGCGGAACGACUACAUCUGCUACGCCCGCUUCCCAUACACACAAACCAUCCAGCAGAAACAACCCAUCACCGUCAAGGUCCUCAGCACGGAUGCAAUCAAUGAGACAAUGGCAGCUUUUUACAAUGACACAGACUUAUUUAGUGAAGAACCAGCAUAUAAGAGGAAGCCGUCCUUCCUCAUCCCAUUUGGCCCCUCCAGCUCUAAGACAGUGUUGAGAGGACAGGUGCUGGAGAUGGAGUGUAUUGCCGAAGGACUACCUACCCCUGAAAUCUCCUGGGACAAAGUGGGCGGCGAUCUCCCUGCCAGGCGUACGUCUUUCCUGCACUACCAGAGGACCCUUCGUAUUGUGAACGUGUCAGAGUCGGACGCGGGAGUAUACCACUGCACGGCCAGGAAUGAGCUGGGCUCAGUGCACCACAUUAUCAACGUCAUGGUCAAAGCUGCUCCAUAUUGGAUCAGUAGCGCUCCCAGGAAUCUUGUUCUAGCUCCAGGAGAGAACGGUGUGCUGACCUGCAGGGCCAGUGGCACGCCAAAGCCAUCCAUCACCUGGGCUAUGAAUGGCAUCCCUAUAGAGAAUUCCCCAAAGGAUCUUAGCAGAAAGGUGGAGGACGACACCAUCAUCUUCACCGAUGUGCAGACUGGAUCCAGCGCCGUCUACCAGUGUAAUGUCUCCAACGAAUACGGUUACCUCCUGGCCAACGCCUUCGUCAAUGUCCUCUCGGAGCCGCCCAGAGUGCUGACACAAGCCAACAAAGUCUACCAGGUCAUCAAAAACCACCGGGCCCUGAUAGACUGCACUUCCUUUGGGUCACCCAUCCCUAAAAUUACAUGGUUCAAAGACAGUCGGUCCAGCACCCUGGACGGAGACCCCUACAUCCUUCAUGACAAUGGGACCUUAGAGAUUCGUGUCGCUCAAGCCCACAAUAGUGGCAAAUACAUCUGUGUAGCCAGGAACAGCCUCGGUAUCAAUGAGAAUCACGUCUACCUUGAAAUCAAAGAGCCCACCCGAAUCCUGAAGCAGCCAGAGUACAAAAUGGUCCAGAAAGGCAGGUCUGUGGUGUUUGAGUGUAAGGUGAAACACGACCCCUCGCUCAUCCCCACCAUGACGUGGCUCAAAGACGAUGGAGAGCUGCCUGAUGACGAGAGAUUGACUGUGGACAUCGACAGCCUCACCAUCGCUGAUGUGACAGAGAACGAUGCGGGGGUGUACACCUGCAUCCAGAACACCACUCUGGACCAGGAUUCAGCCAGCGCUGAGCUCACUGUUGUCGAGGCCUCGCCGACACCAGCAGUCGUCCACGAGCGACCCGACCCCCCAACUGACCUUGAGCUCACGGACAAGAAAAAGAGGAGUGUUCAGCUCACUUGGACUCCUGGGGAUGAGCAUAACAAUCCUAUUCAGAAAUUUCUGAUUCAGUAUGAAGACUCCCUGCACCACCGUGGCCACUGGCACAAUCUAACUGAGGUCCCUGGAACCAAGACGACAGCUCACCUCAAACUGUCACCCUACGUCCACUACACCUUCAGAGUUCUGGCCUACAACGCUGUGGGUUUCAGCCACCCCAGUUUCCCCUCCAGAAUGUUCAAGACAGAAGCUGCAGCUCCAGACGAGAACCCAACAGGUGUACAGGGAUUUGGGACGGAACAUAAUAAUCUUGUAAUCUCAUGGAAGCCGCUGUCAGGCCUGCAGUCCAACGGUCCAGGUCUUCACUAUAAAGUGAUGUGGAGGCAGAAGGCGGUGGACAGUGACUGGACCGCAGUGACCGUGUCGAACAACUCCAGGUUUGUUGUGUCUGGAACGCCCACGUUUGUUCCGUACGAGCUAAAGGUUCAGGCUGUGAACGACCAUGGAGCCGGACCCGAGCCCGCUAUCGCCCACGGCCACUCAGGAGAGGACUUGCCAGCAGCAGCUCCAGAAAACGUGCAGGCCAUGGUGCUGAACAGCACUUUGGCAGAGAUACACUGGGAUCCCGUGCCCUCUAAAUUAAUACGGGGAUAUCUCAAAGGAUUUAAGGUGUACUACUGGAGAGAGCGCAGCCUUCACAAGCACAACCCCCACCAGCAGGUCUUGACCUUCAGUGGGAACCACAGCCACGGUGUGCUGCCUGGUCUGCACCCCUUCAGUCUCUACUCGUUCAAUGUCAGGGUUUUUAACGGCAAGGGAGAGGGUCCCCCAAGCCCCACCCAGCAGUUUGAGACACCUGAAGGAGUGCCAGGGGCUCCAACUACCCUGACAGUGACCAACCUCGACCUGGACUCUCUAACGCUUGAAUGGAGUCCGCCUCACGUCCGUAAUGGACGCAUCACCGGCUACACCCUCAAAUAUCAGCCAGUCAAUAACUCCAAUGAGCUGGGCCCAGUGGAGGAGCUGGCCCUGCCCGCCAAUGAGACCUCAAUCACUUUGCCCAACCUCAAGCACAGCACACGCUACAAGUUUUAUUUGAAUGCGAAAACAGUCAGGGGAGCAGGCCCAGCCAUUUCUCAGGAAGCGGUCACCAUCAUGGAUGAAGCUCUAAUAUCACAGCUAGACGUAGAUGUGGGCUCAGCUACCAGUGGAAACACCCAAACCUCUCAUCCCAUUGCUCCGUCUCCUUCGCGCCGUCCGCCCCACAAGGCGCUGCCUGUGAGUCCUUUUAAGAACGUUAGCUAUUCGGUUGGAGAGAAUGGAACCCUGAUCAGUUGGGAGUACCAGGGGCCGGAGAAUAUCGUAUUUGUAGAAUACAAAAACAAAAACAGUGAAGGUGAAGAGGAGUGGCAACAGGAGCUUGUGAAUGGCUCUCAGAACGUUAUGCUGAAGGGCUUAAAGGGGGGCCUCUCCUAUAGGGUGCGUUUGGUGGCAGCAGGUCACCACGACCAGCCGCUCCACCUUUCUGAGGAGCUAUUGGUCACGGUCCCAGCUGUGGCGAGCAGACAGGUGGACAUCGCCACUCAGGGAUGGUUCAUUGGCCUCAUGUGUGCCAUCGCUCUGCUCAUCCUGAUCCUCCUAAUUAUCUGCUUCAUCCAGAGGAAUAAGGGAGGGAAAUACCCCGUCAAAGAGAAGGAGGACGCCCACACAGACCCAGAGUUUCAGCCCAUGAAAGACGAUGACUGUACUUUUGGGGAAUACAGUGACAAUGAGGACCAUAAACCGUUAAAAGGGAGCCGCACGCCGUCUAACGGGACAGUUAAGAGAGACGACAGUGAUGACAGUUUAGUUGACUACGGGGAAGGAGGAGACGGACAGUUCAACGAGGAUGGCUCAUUUAUCGGCCAGUACAGUGGAAAGAGCACCAGCAGGGACACUGCUGAGGGCCACGAGAGCUCGGAGGCCCAGUCCCCUAUUAAUGCCAUGAACUCCUUGAACUCAUUUGUGUAAGCUAGCAGACUGGUAUGAGGUGGUGCACGGACUGCUCGAUCCCCACAUCUCUCUCAGAGGGCUCUUCCAACACUGCAUGGCUUUAUGAUCACAUCUCCAUCCCCGGUGCCGCACAUGACACAUGAAAUGCAGACAACUCAUCAAAGACAUUCGCCCGGAAAUCUUCAUGGAGAGGCUUUAAAACCUGCGCUCGUUACAGUAUAUCCCAAGCAGCAUUUACAAAGGAAGUAGCAAGUAGCUCAGCCUGACAUUUGAGUUUAACAGUGCAUGGAAUACCUGAUAUGACUUAAAUCCAUAUACUAAUUAACACUAUGAUAUUAACAAGUGUUGCAUUCUUACCACAAAUCUCUUAUGGAACAUGCAGUGCUCAUCUGGACUAUAUUUGUUUUGUUUUUUUUUUUUGUUUUUUUUGAAGGGUUAUUGUAUUAUAUACUAUGUUCAACAAAUCAAGUAAUCAAUGUCUAGGGUCGAGUCAAUAUUAUUCCAAGCAUUAUUUUCCAACAAAGAAGCUUGUACAGGAAUUUGUAUUUAAUAAUGUAAUUCUUAUUCCAUCAUGCAUUUACAGUGCACAAGGCCGAUCAUGUACAGUGUGUGUAUAUACACACACACAUACACACACACACACACACACAUAUAUAUAUAUAUAUAUAUAUAUAUAGUGAACUAUCUGUAAAUUGAAUAUUGGGAGCCGAGCACACCGCAUGCUUGAGCUUGCUGCAUUGAAACAUCCUCAUUUGUCACCACUCUGUUGUGAAUGAUCACUGCACCUGCGAUGGAGGAUGCUGUGAUGCUGCAUGGCAUGUCGUAUGACCUCACAACCUUUGCCCUGCUCGUAACCUCCUCUUAUUGAGUUUGAUCUGAGGUCCAGUGGGGAACGCCGAGGGUGUGACAGCUUGCCUCAGUGCCUGCAGUGCUCUUUGAACAGGUAGUGCCUUUCCAUCGAAACAACGAUUCAAUUGUGAAGCCUCUUUCCACAGUUCAGUGACUGGAACCGAGAGAGUAGAAUGACUGCACAAGUCACAUCCAAGGGUGGAUAAGAUAAGAUAAGCUUGAGAAGAGGAUGGAUUAAGGAAUAAUUCAUAUGUUCUUGUCAUCAUUUUUUUUCCCAAGACACCUCUCAAUGCCUUGAGACGGCGACUGGCUUUCCUCUCAGAAACUGAACACACUCACAUGACACAUCGUUCAGACCGUGUUGGGCGCAUUUUCUAAGUCUGCAUGUCUGCAUUAUGUACAACACCCGAUUGCAUUUUUGCAGUGUAUGAAUGUAUCUGUGAGUGUCGGUGUGUGUUUGCAGGUACAGUAUGUUAUUCUAUUCCUAUUAGGCAAAAAAAUGUUCACUUGUACUAAUAAUGCUUGAGGGCCUUUGGAUGGGUUCAAGAUUUGUGUUCUCUUAACUUGCAUCAAGUUUGUUUUUUUUUUGUUUGUUUUUGUUUUUGUUUUUUUUUUAAGACAUGUAGAAUAUUUGUUCAAUUUGUAAAUAAAUACCGUAAUUGAUUGUACAGGGACAAGCAACUUAAAAGGCAGCCUAAGAGGCAAUAUUGUGCAUGAUAUGGUUUAACUUGUUGAUAGAACUGUAUUAAAUAUAGAGAACUUGUAGAGAAGAUAUAUAUAUAUAUAUAUAUAUAAAUAUUUUCAUUUUCUUUCUUGCUGUGCACAGUGUAUAUUGUACUGUAACUAAUUGGACAAAAAAAACUGCAUAUAAAUUUGAAUUCUGAUUGUUUUCUGAUUUGCUUGUCAGCAAGUUACAUAACUUUGAUACUGUACAAGAACAUGGAGGAUAUAGUGAGAAUAUUAAUUGAUGCACAAAAUUUAUUAUUCCGAUUUGUACUGGUUCUCUGCAGUGCUGAUGUACUGCCAAAACAAUGCUUUUUUGUGACAGUAUUGCAAAUGCUUUUGUAUUUAAGAAACAAAUUUGUACUAACAGACACUUCUUUUGUCUCUAUUUAAGUUUUAAAUCUUUUAGUGCAAGUAUGAAGUUCAAGCUGAGGGAAAUAUAAUGAAUGAAUAAAUAAUUAUCUGCUUUAAUUUCCGUUUCCAGAC